CAAUGAAGGAGGAGCAGCAGCAACAGCAGCAGCAGCAGCAGCGUCUAUAACAAGGUUCUGAGCUCAAAGACGACAGGGGCGGCGACGGCAAUUGGAUCCGGUAUCUAGACGACUUUCUGGGGCGGAUCGACCACCGUCCCUCGAGACGUUUGUUGUCCACGCCCACGUCCUCUAUUUCUCAUCUCCUUUGACUAUUAUUAUCAUUAUUACUCAGCGAAAGAGGCGCUCAGAAUAUCAUCAACACGUACACCGCUUCCACGGCAACCACCUUAUUACUUCUUGCACAACAAGGCCUGCGCUGCAACGACUUCCACACCUGGGAAGAGGGCCGAAUCCUGAAGGCUGAAACUUGCUAUCGAACCGCCUUGUAAACAGUGCAAUCGAGUCAGACCUGCAACAUGUCGGCACCCAGUACACCUCGCAUACUCCGAACUGGCAAUCUCUCCUCCCCUUCGUCCCCGUCAUCCCCCUCGGCUCGAUUCUUCUCCACAUUCUCAAACUUGUUCUCGGGCACAGAUGACGAUGAGGAGAAUGGACAUCCACUAUAUACCGAGGAAGAUUACAAGGCUGGUCCGAGUAGUCUCGCCAAGGCUGGCCCAUCGUCCUCGGCAAACCUGAAUAAGAUUGAGAUGAGAAUCGGAGGAAUGACCUGUGGUGCUUGUGUCGCCUCCAUUGAGUCUCAGCUUCUUCAACCUGGUAUCAAAUCUGUUCAAAUUUCCCUGCUCGCAGAGCGCGGAGUGGUGGAAUACGACGAGAGCUAUGUCAGGGAGUCUGGAGAAUGCUGGACAGAUGCGAAGAUCGCCGAGGAGAUAGAGGAUAUAGGCUUCGAAGCUGAAGUGGUGGAGCAAAGCGAAGUAGACGAUGUCCAGCUCAGGAUAUACGGGCUCGAAGACGAGACUCAACAAGCGGACAUCGUCGCUGCCGCCCAAUCGUACGCUGGGGUACACAAUGCUGCUUUCUCAAGCCCUCCAGACACCUUCUACAUCUCUCAUUCCCCAUUGCUUAUCUCCUUGCGGACGCUGGUCGACUCACUCGCAGAAGCCUUUCCAAACCUUUCUUUCCUCCCGACUUCAACAACUAACGACUCGCAACUUGACUCUUUACGCAAGCAUAAAGACACAGCACGAUGGAAGCGCAUUUUCCUCCUCUCGGCGUGCUUUGCCAUUCCCAACUUCAUCAUCGGCAUGAUGAGCAUGUACCUUCCUCACUGGUUGAUGGGCUGGACAAUGCUCCGAGUCUAUCACGGCGUUUACCUCGGCGAGCUUGUCUGUCUCGCCUUGACGAUCCCGGUACAGACUAGACUCGCCAGGCGAUUCUAUGUCAAUGCCUGGAAAGCUCUGAAGCACAAGUCGGCCACGAUGGAUGUCCUCGUUGUCAUCGGUACCUCGCUGGCCUUUGGGUACUCUGUAGGAGCACUUUUCCUCGCUCUCUUCAACACAGAUCCAAGUUAUCACCCCCAGACCUACUUUGACACAUCCACUAUGCUCAUCACCUUUGUCUCGCUUGGACGAUAUAUUGAAAAUUUGGCGAAAGGAAAGACCUCCGCUGCGCUGACCGACCUGAUGGCGUUGACUCCGUCCUCCGCCACCAUUUUCGUCACGCCUCCCGCAGAAGGCGCAGCAUUUGACCCAUCUACUGAGACUCGCAAGAUCCCAACGGAGCUAGUGCAAGUCGGAGACGUCGUCCUGCUCAUUCCUGGCGAAAAAAUUCCCGCGGAUGGCAUUGUUCUCACUGGAUCGACCUCAGUUGACGAGUCAAUGGUCACUGGCGAAUCAAUCCCGGUGGCCAAAAUCGUCGAUUCGCAAGUCAUCGGCGGGACGGUCAACGGCCUUGGAACCGUCACUUUUCGAGUCACUCGCGCUGGCAAAGAUACGGCCCUGUCACAGAUUGUCAAGCUCGUCGAGGAUGCUCAGACUUCAAAAGCACCUGUCCAGCAGUUCGCAGACCGUGUCGCUGGUAUAUUCGUCCCCAUUGUCCUAUCUCUGGCACUGUUGACUUUGAUUGCGUGGCUGGCAAUAUCAGAAAUGGAUUCGACUUCUUCCCUACCCUCCAUCUUUAGCUCGCCAGGAGUCAGUAAAUUUGGAGUCUGUCUCAAACUCUGUAUCUCGGUCGUGGUCGUUGCUUGCCCAUGCGCUCUGGGUCUCAGCACGCCGACAGCCGUCAUGGUGGGAACGGGGGUUGGAGCUCAGAAUGGAAUCUUGAUCAAGGGUGGCAAAGCGCUGGAAGCUUGCAGGAACAUCAAACGAGUCAUUCUGGAUAAGACUGGAACGGUGACGGAAGGCAAAGUUCAAGUCAGUGAAAUCGUUUGGGCCACGUCGAACGAGUUGGUCCACGAGCUCGUUGAUUCGUCAAACGAGAACCGAGACCUAUCGCGAACCACCCUUGCCCCGCCUCUACAACGUCAUACACUGCUUGCUCUUCUGUCACUCGCUGAAAGUCGAUCAGAGCAUCCUUUAGCAGUCGCCGUCGCUGCUCAUGGCCGUGAGGUCCUUUCGAACGCUGGAUUGCCUCCUCCUCUAGGCGAGGUUCUGGACUUCGAAACCGUCCCCGGUGAAGGCGUUGAGGCGUUGAUUCAACUCCCGAACAGUCAAAUCAAGGAACGUCUGAGGGUCGGCAAGGCAGAAUUCGUCCUGACUUCGUCCUCCAAAUCCGCUGAAGCGACCGGUCAAGCAGCCUUGCCUAGGAGCCUCGCUGCUUUCUCAGACUUGCACUCCGAUUCACUCCGCACCAUAGUCUACGUCUCGAUCAUCCGACCAUCCUCUUCCCCUAUCCCCGUCCUCGCUCUGGCUCUGUCUGACCGGCCAAAAGCCUCAUCCGCGCACGCAAUCGCAAGCCUUCGAAAGAUGGGCAUCCAAGUGUCCCUCCUCACUGGUGAUGCGGAAUCAACCGCUCGUGCCGUUGCCCGUCAAGUCGGUAUCGACGAAUCGGAGAUUUAUGCAGGUGUAUCCCCAAAGGGCAAAGCCAAAGUCAUUCUAGACAUCAUGCAACGGACUGCUGGAGGCGUCGCAAUGGUCGGAGAUGGGAUCAACGAUUCACCCGCUUUGGCCGCUGCGUCCCUCGGUAUAGCGCUCUCAUCCGGUGCAUCAGUAGCGAUCGAAGCUGCUGAUCUCGUGCUCGUCCGAUCAGACUUGCUCGACGUCGUUGCGGCCUUACAUCUUGGCCGAACGAUAUUCAGCAAGAUCAAGGCCAAUCUCGUUUGGGCCUGCUGUUACAAUCUGCUCAUGAUACCGCUUGCUAUGGGUAUAUUCCUCCCUUGGGGUAUCCACUUGCAUCCCAUGAUGGCAGCGAUGGCGAUGGCCUUCUCGAGCGUCUCGGUGGUCUUGUCGUCCUUGACUUUGAAGUGGUGGCGACGCCCAAGAUCCUCCAUUAUGCCUGGCGAACCGUAUACUCCUGGAGGAUUGCGUGUCGGCCUCUCGGAGCUAUAUACAGGGAUUCGAUCCAUCUCAUAUGACAUCCGAACGACAGGAAUUGUGCGAUACCUGGUGAAUUGGGUACGGGGAUCGUCCUCACGGAGGCCAUCAGCUACAGAGUACGAGGCAAUCCCGUUAGAUGCGGAAAAUAGAUCAGUAGAGAGUCGUCCGCCCCGAGUGUAAGGCCGCAUUGCAUCUGAUGCAUGGGAUCGAGACUGGUCC